AUGGAUACAGAAGAAAGAAUGGAAUCCACAGGAAUAGAGAACAUUGAUAUUAAAUCGUUAAAGAAUUAUUUUAUUGAUUUAGACACAUUAGAAGACAUUUGCGAUGAUUUAGUACAAUGUUUUAAAAAAGAACAGCUAUAUUACUUAGAAGAAGAUAAGUUUAAUUCAAUACUUGAUGAAGAAGCUGCAUUAGUGAAUACUAUUCAUGAAAUAACAAGUAGUAUGAAGAAAGAUUAUGGCGAUAUUUUACAAGCUUUUGAAAUAAGAGCUACAGAAAGAGCAAGAAGAAGAAGAGUAGCUAUUUCAAGAGAAUUGAAUAAGAAGCCAAAAAUGCCAAAGGAUAAUUAA